UCUCCAAUCAACAACGAGAGCAGUGUAGCGUCAUUCCAGUCCGAGCGGAAGUGCUUGCGGGGGAGCGUGACAGUGUGUUGCAACUGUCGAAGGAGAAUACGAAGGUAUCCUGGUCCCUUAACCUCUAAAUGAGAUGGCUGAAAAUGCAGCUGACUGCGAGAUACCACAAAGACGUGUAGGGAUAACCAAGGAGCAACAGAAUGGAAGUUUUGUGGAUUCUUCGUGUUUAAGAGAGAGGAAGCAAAGGGACAAAGAAGAGAGGCAAGCACUCGUCCUCUGGAAACAUCCCAUAACCACAUUGCAGUAUUUCUUUUUUGAACUGCUCCUAGAUGCAAAGGACUGGACUUUAAAGUUGCACAAGCGCAGAGGGAUGGUUUGCACCUUUGCAGCAAUAUUUCUAAUAGUUACAUCUGCAUACUACAUUGAAGGAGCUCAUCAAAAGUUUGUGCAGUUUGUAGAGAAGAAAUUUCUAUGGUGUGCCUACUGGGUAGGCUUAGGCAUUUUGUCCUCUGUUGGUCUUGGGACUGGUCUUCAUACUUUCCUUCUUUAUUUGGGUCCACAUAUAGCUUCUGUAACACUGGCUGCCUAUGAAUGUAACUCUGUCAAUUUUCCUGAGCCUCCAUAUCCAGAUAAAAUAGUUUGCCCUGAAGUAGAAGAGCUACAGAGUACUAUAUCUCUUUGGGACAUCAUCUCCAAAGUGCGGUUGGAGGCCUGUAUGUGGGGUGCCGGCACUGCUAUUGGUGAGCUUCCCCCAUACUUCAUGGCUCGUGCAGCCAGGUUGUCAGGAGCAGAACCAGAUGACGAGGACUAUGAGGAAUUUGAAGAAAUGCUGGAACAUGCUCAGAGUGCUCAGGAUUUUGCCACCCGCGCCAAGCUUGCUGUUCAAAAUAUGGUACAAAAAGUUGGAUUUCUGGGGAUUCUGGCUUGUGCUUCAAUUCCAAACCCCCUCUUUGAUUUGGCUGGAAUUACAUGUGGACACUUUCUUGUUCCAUUCUGGACCUUUUUUGGUGCUACUUUGAUUGGUAAAGCAAUCAUUAAAAUGCACAUCCAAAAGCUGUUUGUUAUAAUAACAUUUAGCAAGCACAUAGUGGAGCAGAUGGUGUCCCUCAUUGGUGCUAUUCCUAGUCUUGGCCCAUUGCUGCAGAAACCAUUUCAAGAAUAUCUGGAAGCACAGAGGCACAAGCUGCAUCAUAAGUCGGGGGACACCACGCCAGACAACGAAAAUUGGCUCUCCUGGAUCUUUGAGAAGGUAGUCAUUGUCAUGGUGUGCUACUUCCUCUGCUCCAUUGUUAACUCAAUGGCUCAAAGCUACGCCAAGCGAAUCCAGCAACAGAAGUACUCUGAGGAGAAAACAAAAUGAUAUUAAUGCUUCCUUUAAUCUCUAAGCAGGUACAGGGUACAGUUGAGCAGGCUACGCUGCAUUUCAAAAACCUUACUCCGAAAACUGCCUUUCUGUUAACUGGGACCGCAUAUUUAUUUGCUCUCCUCAUUUCCAUCCAUGCCCCCAAUUUUGCCCAUGUAACCCAAGCCCUCCUUUUUUAGAUACUUUUGGGGGAAAUGCGCAUUUGACAUCAUGUAGUAAAGGUAGUCCUUAAUUGUUUACUGGGUUCAUUAGACUUGUUUCCCCUAUAUCGUCUUAAGUUACUCUAAUUAUUGUGUAGACUAUGAAAUGGUAUUUUAGUGACCUUGAGCCCGUCAUCUCUCCGUGAGUCAGAUCUGCAGCAGCCUGCAGCUGUUAAUAAGGCAUUAUGCAUACAUGGGCUCAGCUCGCCCCUUGGAUUUAGUUCUUGUCCUCAGCCUCACUUGUACAACUUGACUUCUGCAUAGAUUCUUGGGGAAGCUUCAGUAGACCCUCAGGUUGUUUGAAGUCCAUAAAUAGCUAAUUCAGUUUUUUCUUUUGUUUGUAAAUUAUUCUGUCAUUUGUAUUUUUGCUUAUUUAAUUAUUCUACAGUAUAGCAAUAUGAAGAGAAUUUGUGCAAGUUAAUUUAACAAACUAAAUGACGUCUGGCACAAACUUGUAAAUAAACCUUUUUAAAUUGCUGGCAGCGCACAUCAUUUUUCAGAACUCUUGACAAGAUUCCAUUUGUAACUGUACAUACUGUAUGUACUACACUUAAUGCCAUUUUUAUUCUGUACAUUUUAGAGAAAAUUUUGGAGCGGAAUUUAUAAAAACCAUCCUCAUUCUAUUGCUUCCUCGUCUGGGUGUGCUUUAUUUGUGUGUGCAUUUUAUCUCCAUUUUUGCUUGCAUGAUGCUUUGGCAUAAUUUAGCCAAACAUGUAAUAGUGUGAUAAAGAAGUGGACAGGAAUCUCAGUUGGUUCAAAAUGAGUUGAAUUUGCGGCCAUAUCAGUAAUGAUAACUGGCUUUGUGAGAGCAGAUAAUACUAUAUUGUAGUCAUUUUGAAAUUGCUUCAGUUCAAGCAAGCAUUAUAAAGAAACUUUUGCAGCUUGAUUAAUAAAUUGGACCAAUUUUGUUAGUUUUGAAAGGGCUGGAAGAUGUGAAAAUUUAGCUGUUGUUUUGCAUACAGAUGAUAGGUUAAAAGGGGCCAUUUAAGGUAGGCUAAGGUAUGGUGAAAAUGCCAGUGUGGUGUUUACCCUGCUUAAAUGAUAGGUUGAAAAUGGACAGGUUAAGUGAUUACGAUUUGCCUACAUUUUAACUUCAAGGUCUUGUUUUACUGAAUUUUGAGUUAAAUGUAAUUAGACAGCUUUCCUUGCAUUGUACGUGCCUGAAGCUGAAAUGUAGGGGUAGGACAUUAGCUACUGAGGGUGAAUAGAUGCCUUAAAUUUGGCUGUAUGAAAAGCAAAUUGACAGUGCCUACCUGAUAGAGGAUUGAAGCAUAACUUUGGGAAGGGGAUGACAUUUUGAAGAUCCGCCCUAUACUCUUGGAGCAGCAUCUUCAUGCAGAAGAUGUGUCGCUGGAGAUGGUCAGGUAAGGUUUUUCAAGACAGUGUCACCUUUUAUGUUGGCAUGUUGUGUCCUGUUCUUCACUGUGACAUCCUUACCAUUGUACCAUUUUGUCAGAUAGCUUAUCAGACUGGUGUUGGCUGUUAGCUCACAAGGCGACAACAGUCUGUAGGCUGUCUGGCACUAUGGAGUCUCUCAUCAAACCAGCAUCCACUGUGUUCUCCACUUGGGUUGUUUAGAUAUGUUAAAGCCAACUUUUCUUUUCUACUUUUUGCAUUUUAAGUAGCUUUCACAGGUAAAAAUUUCUGGCAGUACCAUGGAAGACAAAUUUGACUUUCUAUUUAUCUUCCUUGUAACAGUUAAUUGACUAUAAUUAAAAUUGUAUUAAAAAGCUAGGCUUUAUGCAAUUGAUGGAAAGUUCAGUGUUACCAACUUUAUUAUCCCAAGUUAAAGCUGCCGAAGCUUUGGUGUGACACGUCCCUGCCAGUUAAGUUACAAAGCCUUUGUGGAGGUUUCCUGUGUGUGUCUCCCUGUGAGAGUACCUUUCCAUUUUCUCCUUGCCCUUCCAUUGAUCACUGUUGUGCUCACAAUCGCUGGGUGGCGUUCUUCAGUGUUUUUGCUAUAAUAACCCAUGUCGACACACCUUUCAGCUUCCCCGUAUGUGAUGACUUUGCAGUUUAAUUGUACUGUGCCAUUUCUUUUUAUUUUCAUGCCAUGUCAUCUAGCAGUGCUUCCAUUGGUCAAGCGCAACCCUGAACUGAACUUGCCGCAUGUUUCUAGAGAAGUGGCAUUUCUGACAUCUGGGGUCUUAUGGAAACUGUUUCCUCAUUGUGGAUGAGUUGCUGGGAUAAGGCCACAGUCAUGUGGACUUUGUGUUGUGUACUUAAUAUAUUUCAAAAUAAACAUUGAAACCCUAAAUAA